AUUUGAUAUCUCAAUAAGGUAUUAUUCAUGUGUCAAUAAGGUACCUGUCGGCUUAGUAUCGGUCGACACUAUCGGCCGAGUAUCGGUCGAGUAUCGGUCGACUGGGUGAAAGUGUCACGAAGCACGUGGCACAAACAUACAUUAUUUGUCGUUUCUUUCAAAGGUCUCUAUGAUACCAGAGAGCACACAAAGUUGCUGAUAUCGGACGGAUCGCCGGAAAUGUGCUCCAUGGUAAAUAACAGUAUUUUUGUGGUCAAGACAAACGGUUCUGGAGCCUUCUUUGGGCAGAGAUGCUUCGUCUGGGUUGGUUCGUUACUUGAGUGUUCUGUUCCGUUCCGUUCCGACGCACCCGCGCUAACAAUUCGUAGUUAAACUAAUUCGUAGUCGAUUUCCCCUUUGGUUAAAACUAUAAACCUAACGCUAAAACUACAUAGGUAAAGGACAAAUGCAACAUACUUUGCUAUAAUUUAUAAGGUAUGUUUAUUUGGCUUUGUAGAGCCUCAGUUGUGACUCAGUGUGAACACAAAACAUUAUUAUAUAGAAUGUUCAGCAAACUGCCCUCGAGCGUAAAAAGGCGUUUGCAUUAAAAGUAUGAUUAAAUGAAAAGGGAAUAAUGUACAGGCGUGUUAAUCUGAGUUCAAAAUAGCCGUGACUGUUUUGUGUGAAUGUGUUAAGUGAUAUUAUAUUCUUGCGACAUUUCAAAGCGUAGGGCCUUCCCCCCGGUAAUAGCUCGUAUUUUUCGUGCCGAAGUUUGCCCUGGUUUGUCAUUUACUGAAUAAGUGCGGUUUUAGUUUCAGACUAGGCGGAUGAAAGUAAAUUUCCAGAAUGAAAAACACGUUUGCUGCAUUAUAUAAUUAUAUCUAACCUGACUUCAACCAAAGGUCAGGUUCGCAGAAUGAUAUGCAAAUUUGAUCAAGAUGACUACCAAACCGGUUCAACAGCCCUUUCUCUUGCACGUGAAUACAACGUGAAAAAAACACUCAAGACUAUACUUCAUGUUUCGCUUUGACUUGAUCAGCCUUUGUCCAUUUGCCAGUUUAUUACGUUCAGUUUUCGUAGUGUUUCAGCUUUUGGUUUCCGCUAGCAUGUAUUCCAAAACUUCUUUGAAGCACAAUUCAUCACGGGUUUUUACUGAUUUCUAAAGCUCUUCUAAUUUAUUUAGAGCCACUUAGGGCCGCAGAAUGUCAGGGUCAGCCAAUAUUUCGCCUUCCAGAAAUUUCGCGGACUGGAGUAAAAAGAAAUAUGUAUCUGGAAAGCUAUCUUUUCGCUGGCACAGUUCAUGCCUGUUCAAGCGAAAUGAGAUGAGAGUAGAUGGAUCGCUGCACCGAGACAUUGAAUUCAAGGAGGUCUAUUUGUUCUCGAGGAUGCGGUUUCCGCCGUGCCCGUUUGCAAAGUGAAAAUGUGGCGAGCGAAUGAAUACGGCGUUGGCCGCUUCAAUUCUGUGACAUUUUUGGCUUUUCCUGAACAUAUGAUUUUAUAAAAUAUGCGUUAUUCCUUUCUCAAAAUGUAUACAUUUAGGACUUCAACAAGUUAACGGCAAACAAAAGAAAAUAAGUCCGCUUGAAUUGUCACGUCCACAGUGAAAAAUUGUACUGCAAUAUAAUCAAAUUAUUUUCUGUUGCAUGCAGCACAUGAUUGGGUUUUCGGUUUGUUAACAUAACUAUUUUCAUCGGUGAAAUGCUAUUUCAGAGAAUCGUCGAAUUCCUAGCAGAAUUCUUUUUUUGUACAAAUUUGUUUCCUAUUGUCACCGUACACUGGUCAUAUUAUUGUGAGUGGAUUGAUUGCAUCUAUUUAGAUGAAGUGUGCAGCGAAAAUUGCACAGAUCAGAAGCAAAAUUUUCAGUGAAGCAAGUCGAGGCUUGUCUUGCGUGAUAAACAAUCGAUUAAGUUUGGUUUUCUUGUCGCAAAUUAGCAUGAGAAAGACCUCGGUAGUGUGACGUUUAUUUAUAAGUUCUUCACAGUAUAAAUUACUAUCUCAUUAGCAUAAAGAAACAAAACAAUUUUUUUUUCACUUGCCGACCAAGAAUGACGGACGACCGGAGGAAAAUUUUUCGGACUAACAUUCUAUUCAGUGCUAGAAUAUAGCGUUUAUAUGUUUAAAAUCUCGACAGAGGCUUGGAAUAAAUAGAACUUUUUAAUGCCUCUGUACAUUCGCAACACAAAAUUUCUCACUCCAGCGAAACUUGCAAAACCGGUCAUGACCCGUCACCUAAACUCGAACGACUUGCAUGGUUGCAGGAAAAUGUUUGAUCAAAACCCUCAAACAACAUUUCCUUGCCGGUAAACUUCGCUGUGAGGAUCGCAGGGAAAGUUUCGAUGGAGGUUUGGCCAAAAAUCAUGGCAAAUCGGCGGAAAAUGGUCGAAAAUUUGCUUUCUGUGAGAUAGCAGUUUCCCCUGUAUGUGUCAACAAAGAGCACAGCUGAUCUUGAAGGGAUGGAAGCGAAAACGCUUCGGGUUCAGAUGGAACGCCGAGUAGAUUCGUGCUGGUCAUGGGUCGUAUGUCUUUCUUCUUUCAUCGUUCAGUUCUUAAUUCUUGGAACUCACAAUUCGUUUGGUUCAUUUUUUGUGGCAUUACUACAAGAGUUUCAGCGAAGUGAAGCCGAGACAGCAUGGAUAGGCUCCUUAGCGAUGGGUAUCACAUAUAUGGCAGCACCAAUCACCACAAGCUUGUGCGACCGCUGGGGAUGCCGGAUGGUCAUGUGCCUUGGCAGCGCGACGUAUAUGGCAGCAAUGCUUCUGACGUCACUUGUCCCACAUAUGUCACUCAUGUACCUUACCUAUGGCGUCAUGUUUGGUUUUGCUUCCAGUUGCUGUUACUUUUCAUCUUUCUACAUCCUUAUUGUGUAUUUUAACAAGCACCUCGCUUUAGCCAAUGGAAUUGCCGCGGCCGGCGCCGGAGCGGGAACCAUGUCUGUCAGUUUGACAGUGGACAAGUUAAUCUCCACGUACGGUUUGAGAGUCACAUUUCAAGCCAUGGCAGCUCUGUCUGUACUGCUUUUCUUAGCUGGACUUACAUUCCUUCCGAUGGAUUUUAGAGAAGGAGACGAAGAACUUUUCGAAAAGAAGAAACUGAUGGAAGAACAGUUGCAGAUAAAGAAAAAAGACAAAUUAAUUUCCAUCAUUAAAGGACUGAUUAAGCCUUCUCCUGUGUGGGGGAAUAAGGCAUUUGUCGCAUGGACAGUCGCCUUGGCUAUGAUUUUUAUUGCUUACUACAUCCCUUACAUGCUCUUGGUCCGUCUGGCAGAGGGCGUAGGGAUACCCUCAACACAAGGGGCUCUAUUGGUUGGCUACUUGGCCUUGGCCCAAACAGUGGGCAAGAUCUUCUUUGGCAAGCUAGGUGACUCAUCACGGAUCAGUCGCUUGACCCUUACCCAGAUAGCUCUGUUGGUCAUCGCUAUAGCAGCCUGUCUGUGCCCCUUAGCACGUUCUCACUCGGCCCUUCUCACGUACUCGUUGGUGUCAGGCCUUUUUGAUGGGUGCCUUUCUGUGAUGAUCGGUCUUGUCACCUAUGACAUUGUGGGCCGGCAAAUGAUGGCGAGAGCUGUUGGGACCUUGUAUGGCAUCGUGGCGAUCCCUAUGACAUUGGGACCUCCUAUGGCAGGUCUGCUUUUCGACUACACAGGCAACUACAAUAUCGUCUUUUUCCUGUCCAGCGGACUCGUCAUUUGCGGAAGCUGCGUCAUGUUUCUCAUCCCGAAUCUUCUUCCCCCUAGGCAGACCUUGGUCAAAGUCUUUAUGCCCGAGAUCGCUGUCUCCGUGCCGGAAAAUCUUGACGACGAUCAAGAGAACUUUGUUGAAAACGAGAGAGCCCUAGUAAGAACUUCUUAUGUUUCGUUUAAGAGCUUCGCUGACGAAUUCGAGGUUGACCGAAGCCGCCUGUUGUUAGACAGAACGCCGAAUGUAGGCUCCCGGCCGAGCAGCUUUAUCUUAUUCUCUAUUGUCCCGGAGGGAAGCUACAGAGAUCUGUCAUUGUCAAAUGAACGGUAUUCCAACAGCAGAGAAGCCAGCUAUACGUCUUUAGCAAGGCUUUCGGAAAUACGAGUCGAGAGUCGCGCGAACAGUUGCGCCAGGUUAGAGCCUGUUGCAGAGGCUGAGACUUCAGAUGCAACUAUGUCGUCUGAGUGUCUUGACGUAACAAUAGGAACGCGACCGGCUGAACUUGAGUUAGUUACUACACCACAGCUGUCGUGCGAUUCCACUGAAGAGUCCGCUACCCUCGUAAAAGCUGUUGAUGUGGUACCAGAUCCCAAAUUGAAUGACACUGAAGAUAACGUGCCCAGCAUAACUAUCUCCAUGUCUACUGAGAGCGGAUUUACAUCUGAAGAAUCUGUGGUAAGUGCCACGGACACCAAGGAGUUUGUUUCCUCUAAAUCGGACCUCGAUGAAAACCGGUUGAGUGGAUACUCUUGGAAUUCAACUGGAAGCGAUCUGUCGUGGAAAACACAGUGUUCGGAGGCUGGCACUGAAGACAGCGGCUAUGCCGAGGAAGUAACUCCGUGCGGUAUGGGAGAUCAAGUGGAAAUUAGUAAAGAUAAAUAUUCCAUAAACAAUUCCUUCUCUCAAGAUAACCUCAAGUCAGAUUUCACGGAACAGGCGAGCCACUGCAGCUGUGACGGGACGCUUAAUGUAAAGGGAGCUAAAAAUGCGUUCGUUAGCUUUGGAAGUAAAUGUGGGGAGCAUGCGCACUCCCUGAAAGAAGGACCUCUUAUCAUAGAUCCGGGAUCUACAGAUUACUACAGUGAACUCGUAGACAGCCAGCUUAACGAUCAGUCACAAUGCGCAUGCGGUAAAGACGAAAAUGACUUCGACAUUAAGUCUGUUACAGAUGUUCAAGAAACAAUCGAGCGAAACAAAGCUUUCAACGCCAAAUGCCCUCCACCGCCAGACAUUUACAGUCAGUUGUUUGAAGGGAUCCUGGAAGAAGUAAACGAAUACGCGGACAGUUUGUCGGAAUUUUCAAAUGGCCACGACUCACUGAAAACAUGGCCAAAAGUAAGCAUGACAGAUGUACAAUCUUGCGAACGAGAGACGGUGGUGUAGCUUCACUGAUGCGUCUUCAGAAAACGAAAUAACGGUACUCUGAGAUCAAGAAACGCGAAGACUGGAGCCUAACCUUAGAACCAUUUCCUACAACUAAGCAAAUCUAAAGUUUAGGGCGCGCUUGUGUUUAUCAAUUAUUUUUUUUUACCAGUAUUCUUACUGGGAAAGUGAGGAAAGCAUCUCCAAUAGAUAAUAGUGAAUUAUAGAAGCUACUUGCUAUUCGAUUGUGUUUGUAAACCUUACACUGCUAUGCAUCGUACGUUGCUGCGUAUUUUGAAAAUUUGUUUCCAAUUUUCUAGCACGUCAAAAGCUAAGAGUAAUAAUAUAAUGGGUACAAUUUAUCUUCGGCCAAAGCUAGAAAGUGAAGGCUCCUUGAAGUCUCUAAAAAUAGCAAAACAUAAUAUGAAUUAAUCGAGUGGCGAAAGUACUGUGCAUUGCAUUGUAAACAAACUAUUAUCACAGCCCUACGCUUGUCAAAGCUGUUAAGAAUUCUUCAAGACAGGAUGACCUAAAGAAGGGAAUACCUUAUACAUUGUCGUAUUUCAAUGAGAAUCCCAGUGGAGAUAUUUUACCAGACGGGCAAUUGAUUUCAGUUAAUCGCUCUACAUUAUGUCCUCUUUUAUUCCCCGCCAUCGACCUCCGUGAACUUGAUUUCGCGCAACCAUCUUCAACUCACCCCCUUUGUGAGCUUGUUAGCUCGAGCUCACCGCGUGAAUUCUAAAAAUAGCUCGGGAAGGCUUUAAGAUUUUCACUUUCUUUGGUCAUCCUCUCUGUCUCUCGUCUAUCGUAAGAAUUGUUUUCACUGCUUUAUGAAGAAAUAUUUGAUUUAAGCAAACCUAACGCAUUUGGAAUGUUGGGGGAAGGGGGGAGGGAAAGUAUAGCAUAAAAAAACAGACUUAUAUUUUUUAGAGAUCGUUACAAUUAUAAACUAAAGCGUCCGAAGUCUUUUGCAAUCUCAGUGAAAAUAAGAAUAAAGACAAAAAAAGUCAAGUUA